AUGAAGAUUUAAAUAUCUCCAUAAAAAAAUAUGGAUAAAAAAACCCUCUUCUCUUAUAAUGAAACAAAUUAGCAGCAAUAAAUUCCUGUUCGAAACUAAAUACAUUUUUCUUAGAACCGUGCUAAUGGUUCUGUUUAAAACAAUACUACAAAUAUGUUAUAAGGGAACCAAAAAAGCGAUUAAAUUAAUGCUUAGAACGCUAUAAACCAUUCUCAUAAUUAAGGAUAAGCAGGUUAGAAGGGUACAAAUAUUCCAAACAAUGUAAAUAGCAAUGCUAACAAUAAUUAAAAUGCAGCAGCUAAUAAUGAUGAAAAUAUAAACAACAUUGAUGUAAAAGUACAUCCUGAAUUGCAGCUUAGUUAACAAGAUUUUGAAAAGAAAUUCAUAAAGACAGCUGACAAAUGUUUAAAUAAAUGUGAUUUCUAUGAGACUUGGAAAUAUGAAAUGAAUGGAGAAAUUUAUAUUGUAAAAAAAUACUUAAAAUUAGAUGAUAUGAAAUGGAAAAAGCUUGUUAAUUCUUAUAAUCUUUAAUACCAUUUAGCAUGUAGUAACUCUUUAUUUUUAAAGCCUUUCAAACUAGUAGCGUUUUCUCUCGCGACUGUAACUUCUGCCCAUCACAACAGGUUAAGUCAUACUAAUGUUCAUCAUGUAGCUAAUAGCCAUUUGAAUUAAUAAAAUACUCAAAGUCAAUAUGCUUAAUAUUAACAAUAAUAAAUUAGAAGAUGGCACCUAUAUGUAAUAUAUCCCUUUAGCAUAGAAAGUAUAACUCUUGAUAAAAUAUACUAAUCACAAACAGCCUCAGUAUCUGAUACUGAUUUAAUUUGCUUGGCUAUUUAGCUUUUUAAAAUUGGACAGCUUUGUGCUGAGAAGAAUUUUCCUCUUAUAAACUGGAAAUUUAGCAAUUUACUUGUUGAACUAAAAUCUUCUUCUAUUUAAAUAUUCUAACCAAAUUAUUAGUAGCCAGUUCAAACUCUCUCUACAUAAAUGAUUAAAACUUAAAGACUGCAGACUGAAACAAAUCAAAUAUCAUCAUAAAAGCCAAGUCUUAAAUUAGUUGAGUAUUCCUUAAAAAUCAUGGAUUUAUAUGAUUAUUUUGGAAUAGAGAAUCGUGAUUCUAAUGAUUUGUUGCUACCUCCUGAGUUAAGAUAAGAUCAACGUAAAUCUUCUGCAACUGUUCACUUUGAAGAUUUUCAUGGAUCAUUAGAAUAAUCAAGUAUUUACAUGACAGGAAUGAUCUUGGCGUAACUUCUAAUAAAAAAUUUUGAGGAAUCAAGAAAAGCUGAUGAUUCCAUACUAUAUAAGAAAAGUAAUAAACUUAUAGCAACUCCUCAGUAGCCUUAAUCAGCCAGUAUAAACAAAUCAGUUUUACAAAAAAAAGCUAUAAAUAAUAACAGUAUUUAAUAAAGUGUAGAUGAAACAAAAAAAAAGAAUACAUUAAAUUCUUCAUCUUUAACACAAAGCAAUGAUUUUAGCUAAUUGUAAAAUAUAUAAAAUACAAUAGAUUUGAUAAUUGAAACACAAUCAUAAGUUAAUCCUUUAAUCCAUGCACUAGCGAUGAUUGUUAAAUUUACAAUUACACCAAACCCUAAAGAAAGAUACUCCUUUUCUUCUGUGCUGGAUGUAAUUAGAGAUCUUUUUGGAGAAAUUAUUGACUAACCUAAUUCAGAUUAGUCUUAGUAUAAAAAAUUUGAAAAAAAUAUAAUUAUGCUUUUAGAGUUCACCAACACUUUAUUAGAAUAACAAGAUUAUGAAAGUGCUUCAAAUUUGAUGAAUAGAGCUAAAAAAAUUUUAAUUUUAAAAUCCAAAAAAUAUUAGCUUUCACCUAUUGUGAACGCCUAUUAUUUUUUCUCUACAAGUAAUUUGCUUAUGCUUUAAGGAAGAUUAGCUCAUGCUGUUAGAAACUAUUUAGAUGGGCUCAGAGAAAUUUAGCAAAUUCAAAUACAGUAUGAAGAGUAUUAAGAUGACCUGUACUAUAAACUUCAUGCAUAAAUACUUCUAUAAUUGGGAAUCUGCUCCUUCAAAUUAAAUUAAUACUACAAAUCUAGAUUUUACAUUGAAGAAUGCAUAAUAAUCCUAAAAAAUUAGGAAAAAUAUUACAAAUAACCACAUAUAAAAAACUCUUUGAGGUGUAAAUAUUUUGAGAUGAAUGCAUUUGCUUUAAUGUGGAGAGCAUAAAUAGAAAGAAUAAUAGGAGUUAACAAUGACACUGAUUAUAAAAAAUUAGAAGAUUUUUCAAGUAAUAAAAAAUCAGACUUUAGAGUUUCUGAUACAGAUAUUCAAAGUGAAAAAAAAAUCAACGAAUCUAUAAAAGAUUAGAAAUAAGAGCCGAUUGAAUUAUUAACUAUAAAAGAAGCUUUAAAAUAUGUACCCAAAGGUACCAGAUCAUAUGCUAAAAUAGUGCUCGUUAAAGCAAAAAUAUUAAGUUCCAAAGGGUUCACAGAAAAAGCUCUUAAAUAUGUCAACAAAUAGCAGGAAUAGCUUGAAAGUUAAAAUUAAAAUAAAGUCACUGACUUACUUAUAAUGGAGUGCAACUAUAUCAAAGGGAUCAUUUACUUCUAAAAAGAAAAUAUUCCAGAAUCCAUUAAACAUUUUUAGUUAGCCCAGCAAAUUUAUGAAUAAAGAGGUGAAGCAAAUCACCCAGAUUGUUCAGCAAUAUAUUAAAAGCUUGCUAAAUGCUACGCUAGAUUAGGUAAAAUUUCUCAGGCAUCGUCACUUCAUGAAAGAGCUAUGCUGUUAAAUGAUCUUAACUUAGCCGAAGCUAGUUUUUAAGAUUCAAGAUUCCUAAAGUAAUCAACAGAGGAACCUGAAUGUUUGCUUACUUAUAACUAUUGCCUUCAUUUGAAGGAAUAAGGAUUGUUUAAGUAAUCAAAAGAAUUUACUCAUGAACUUAUGUAAAACUACAAAUAUUUUUUAUCACCUGCACCUGAAUUUGUAAACAAAUUAUUGGAUUAUCACUACACAAAUUUGAAUCUAAAAAUAAAGAUAACAAAAAGUUGA